CCUCUUCCUCUUCCUCUCUUCCAUCCCCCCCCCCCCCCCAAACUCCUCCACCAAUCUUCACCUUCACAUUCCUUCUACACCUCCACACGCUACAAUCACCAUCAUCGACUUCUCUCUAACGGCCGCAUCCUUUUCGUACUUGCCAUUGCGCUUCAUCCACGUUCAACGAAACCAUCAUCCAUCAUCCUCUUCAAACCAACCCGCCACCCCCAAACAUCGAAACGCCUUCGUCGCGAAAAAAAAAAAAGAACGACACAACCCCGUCGACUCUUCUGCGCCACCACUUCCUUUCCAGCCGUCGACGAUACCAUUCUUUUCAAUGAUAGUCUGCACGUCUGCAUAAUACCCUUCAGACGUGUCGUCUGUCAACAAAUAAGUGGAUUGUGCACACUUGCGGUCGUCCUCUUCGCCGCUCGUUUCUUAGUCGAGUCCACUCCUCACCGAAGGACACGACGCGAGACGACCAGAGCGCUCGACGCUCUGUCCACAAACAUCUCCAGCGGUUGACAGAGAUCUCGUAUACCGAUUGUCGAUACCUAUACUACAUUGCGACACGGGUCUCGAUCUCUUGCGAGUUCACCUCAGCUGCGCUCGUCGUCAUGCGACUCAGACUAAAGCAUAAGUGAACCCACAUCUUGACCCUUUCCUGUAGCUGGAGCCACCUCGAGGCUUCUGCUAGAUUAUGACAGAAAGGACCUUCUCCAUACCACCGCCGAUCGCGCAGAGUCAGCCCGCUUCGCAGUCUCCCGUCACGGCCAACCAUCGAACCGCGCCCGGCGCCGCCACCGACUCUGUUGACGAGGAGCCAUACACCAUCAAGUGCAUAUGCGACUACUCGGACGACGACGGCAACACCAUCUACUGCGAGCGAUGCGAUACGUGGCAACACAUCGAAUGCUUCUACCCUGGUAACGUCGAGGAGGCCUCACGCGAUGACUUCAGCCACUUCUGCGCCGACUGUGACCCACGGCCCUUGGACCGCAGGAAGGCGCACGAGCGGCAGCGCGAGCAGCGACAGGGCAAGCUGCGACAGGACGACGUCGACAAGAAGACCAAACGCCCUCCCUCAAAGAGCCACAAGAAGAAGCCGAAGCCAUCUGACGUCGUGACCAAUGGUAUUCGCGACCACGAUCCGCAUCAUGGCGCGAAGGCCGGCAGCCCGCAUGAUCACACCUCGCAUGCGAAAAAGCCGAAACCCCAUCAACGAUCACAACAAUCCAUCAGCGCGGCCAAGCGAAGCCCGUCGAACCACUCACGCAAUCACUCCCACGCACACCCUCUAAGUCCGGCCACAACACCACCCGACUUACCACAAGACUUCAUAAUACACACGUACUCCAAGCAGUUCCAGGACCUCUGCGGGAAUGAUCCUGGGCCGCAAGAUCUCCAGGCGAACUCGUUCGCGAGCUUAGCCGUCACCGAUUCCAUGUCGAAUUGGCUUCGCGAUCCCCAGAAGCUCCAGGAGGAUGUUGGCGUCGAGAAUUCCCAAGACGUGUUCCGCACAAUAAAACCCGAAGUCGACUUUGACAACUACCCAAGGCCGAAAUUGCAGGUCAAUUCCAAAACAAUCUCCACGAAACCCGAGUUACAAUUGCGCUAUCUGACCGUCUCGGAGACUCUCCGACAGAAGGAGACGAUUAUCGGUGAAUUGAAAGGGCUUGUCGGAUUCCAAAGCACCUUCGUCGAGCUGGAGGGGGAGACGUAUACUAAGCUCUGCCAUCCACCGCCAUUCGUCUUCUUCCACCCUCACCUCCCGCUAUACAUUGACACGAGAAAGGAGGGAACACAGUGUCGAUACGUGCGACGAAGUUGCCGCCCAAACUCGAUAUUGGAAACCUACAUCACCAAUGGAUCCGAAUACCAUUUCUGCUUCCAGACCGAACAACCACUGGCUGCCAAUGCCCAGAUAACACUAGGAUGGGAUUUCAAAUUUAGGAACGGCAAGCGUUUCGUUCACCUUCUAGGAAUCGAAGACGACAACGGCACCGAGCCAGAAAUUACAGAGCAGGAGUACGACGAGCUGAGCGACCUAAUAACUAGCGUCCUCUCGGAUUACGGCGGCUGUGCUUGUGAUGCAGAUAACGAUUGCGCCUUUGUUCGUUUCCAUCGCAACUUCCGAAGCAAGCUGCAGCAGGUGCAAACACUACCUGCGAAACCCAAGAAGCAACGGAGGCCAAAGCAACACGUCUCUCCCAUAAGCACUGGCCAUGCCACAAACAGCCGUGAUGCGAGUGAAGGCAGGCAAGAGGUCUAUGAUGCGGAAGACGACAGCCGCUCCGCGUCUGGUUCGAUUAAACCACGUAGCCGCGACAUGACGCCGUUAACCGCUGGGCUGGAUGCAAACGGGACUGAGCUUGUUUCGGAUCGUGAUAAGAGGAAGCUUGCCGAUAUCGAGAAAACCUUUGAGCAGAUGGAUAAGCAACCGCCUAGGAAAAAGAAGCGCGGCUCUGAUGGGCCGAUACUUCCGACACCAUCGAAUGGGCAUCCACCUAAUCAACGAACAAAGCACAAAUCUGUCUCGCGUACGAAUACGUCCAUAUCCACUUCUAUGCAGGCGAAUGGAACCACCCAGUUCCAGAAGGAUAAGAACAGACACUCUCGACAUGCUUCGGAAUCUCCAACUACUGACGUAUCGCCAAAGACGAUGGGAGCAGCGUCAUCGAAACCCACGUCGCGAUAUGGGUCCGUGCCAGCUCGAUCGCGGCAGCUGUCACCUGUACGGAAGUCUAAUUAUGUCGAUGCGGACACCCAGACAGAUCCGGAACCGGAUGCAUGGUACACCCAAACGCCAAAGCCAAAGAAGAAGUUUGUCCCGCUUAGCAGACGCUUAGUAGAGAACCAACGGAAGUCUUUCGCAGUACAAGAAUCCCGAAUCGCAUCUCUAAUGUCGCAAAUGGAAAUGUCGUCGCGGAUGGAAGGCGUCGAGUCAACAGCGGGCAGCCACCCCCCGAGCCCGGAAGCGAAAACCGCGCCAAAGCCGGAGGAUACCCUGCUGCCGAAUGACGUCGCCGUCGGCUCAGUGGAGCCCCCCGGCCCAGAAGACGGCAAGUCCGUCGCUGAGCAUGCCGAGGGGGCGGCCGAUGUGCCGAUGCCAGACGCGCCUUCCGCCUCCCCGGAAGCGGCAAAGGCACCUCCGCCGACAUUGCCAGGGGUGCUCCACCCGCCGCCACCCGCAACCGCCAGUAUCCCGCCCGACCUAAAAUCCCCGGAUCUGAAAAUCCAGAUGCCUACCUCCGCAACACCCUCCUCCGCUGCUGCUGCCGUCGCGAGCCCAUCGACUGUGGGUACGCCGUUCCCGCAUUAUUUUCCCGCAGGAUCGAUAGCGCAGUCGCCUAUGGGGACGAAUUACCCGUCUACCUUUUCCCCGUCUGUGCUCAGUAGCGUGGGGCAGCAUCCGCCGCCGAUUAAGAAGAAACUUAGUCUUAGCGCGUAUAACGCUAUGCGGAAGAAGCUGCCUGAGGCGUCGAAAUCUGAGCCGCCGAAACCCGAAGCGUCAAAGGCCGAACCAGCACAAACCAAGCCUGCACAAGCUGAGCCGCCGAAAGCCGAGCCGGUGGAGCAGGAGUCGAAGAGUCUUCCUCCUCCGCCGCCGACGGUGACAAAGGAUGCGUCGCCGGCGCAGGCGGGGGAGGGUGAGCAGAAGGGGGUGUCCGAGGCGCCAGUUCCUGUUCCUACUCCUACUCCUGCUCCUGCAGCUAACGCAAAGGCUAGCGAGCCGCAAGUUUUGGAACCUGCCAAGGGCACCACGACGGAUGAUAAGGCGCUGAGCAACGGCAAUACCACCAGCGGCAAUGACAACGCGGUGGCGGCUGUGUAAUAACAAUAACAAAUGGGAAUAUUAAAGUUCAUUUUAUUUCUUUAUGAUAAUUGCUAGGGAAACUCCUGCGAGGGUUGUUACUUUUUAUUACUCUUUUUUUACCUCUGCGCUCCCGCUCUUGUGCGAGUUCAUGUUUCUGUGUGACUUAUACACACGUGUUUGGCAAUGGCAAAAAUCGUUGGGGGGGGAGUUCUUUCUGCUAUUCUACCUUUUUUUACUUAACCCCCCUUUUAUCUGAGGUGGGGGGAGGGUCUUCGAUUUUUUUAUGGCGUUACUUUCGGGGGUUUGGGAUGGGAUGGGAA